GCUUGCAAUCAUUUCAAGGUAUUAAAAAAAAAAAAAGAUACAUAACAUGAUCAAUAAUAAUCACUAUUAUUCUUCCUCUUCUUUUAUAUUAGAGCGCAGCUGGUUGUUUUAAGCAUCUUCAAGACCUUGUUAUACCCGAAAUGCGAAUAUCACCUACCAUCGACAUGUCUUCCUAUGCUUUGAAAACUCUUAUUAACCUGAUGUUAGCUCAAGCUCAAGAAUGUGUAUGGCAAAAAGCAGCAAUGGAUCAACUUCGUGAUGGGACAAUUGCAAGACUGGCUAUCAAGAUAGCCAAUUUUUAUGACGCAGCAUAUGAAUUGGCUUCAAAUUCAUCUAUUCAAAAUGUUUUCCCUCGUCAUUGGCUUACACACAUGCAAAUCAAAGCUCUACAUUUCAACGCUGCUGCUCACUAUCGCAAGUCCUGUGAGUGCAUCUCCAAAAACAAAUACGGUGAAGAAAUCGCUCGAUUACAACUGGCUAAUGGAUAUGUGAAACGUGCUUUUGAUAUGCUAAGAUCCUUCUUUUCCAACAAUUCUCCUGGCAUUAGCAAUGCAGUCAUCAAUGAUCUCAAAUCUCUACAACAAAUCAUUCAAACAAACUUGGCCCGUGCAGUGAAGGAUAAUGAUGUGAUAUAUCUUGAACAAAUCCCAUCUCCAUCAGCAUUACCACCUAUCCAACAAUUUGAGAUGGUUCAACCUGUUGCACCACCUGAUGUGGCUGAUCCGGUGUCACUUAUGCUUAAUAAUGAACGACGAUCUGAUGCUUUACCUCAUCCUGUAAUUGGUCUGCCUUUAUUUCAAAAAUUGGUGCCUUUCGCGGUACAUCAAGCCGCAAGUGUCUAUGUGGAUCGCAAGGAACGUAUUAUCAAGGAAGAUAUCAUUGGAAGACUGGAUGAAUUAACUGAAGUGUUUGACAGUACAUUACAAUCAUUGAAUUUAUCGGCUACACUUUUCGCUUCAGCAGAUGAUCAGAAGAAGGGAUUACCGGAAUUACUUUUACAGCAAGCAGCAGAUAUUAGAAAUGAAGGUGGCUCCAAGGUGUUAUAUGAAGCAUGGCAAAAUGUACAACUCUCUUGCUCCAAAAAUGCCGAUAUUCUAGAAGAUGCUUUCAAUGCUUUGGAUGAUGAACAUGAAUUAGAUGAAGAGCUUCGACAGAAGUUUGGUGAAAGAUGGAAUCGUCCCUCUUCUCAGGCGCUUACAGAACAACUAGUUGCACAAGGACAAAAACACCGAAUGACACUUUUAUCUGCCCAAAAGGCGGAUGAUAUCGUACGAAAGAAACUAGACAAAUGGGCCAAGAUCAUUGAUGUACUAAUGCUAAGUGAUGAGGAACUGGAACGAUCUGUACCAAACGAUGACGGAGAAGAACAAGAUGGUAGUGGUGGAAAACGGCAAGCUCUGGUAAAACGACUCAAAGAAUUGGUGAUGGUUAUGCAAGAACAUCGUAAGAUACGCAAGGUCAUCAAAGAUCAAGCUAAACGGACAUCGAAUGCGGAUGAUAUCUCCCCUGCUUUACUCAAGAAGGCUGCUGAAUUGACUGCCAAAUCGCCAGUAAUCAAGAUUGAUCCUGCUCAGUUUGAAGAUCUCUUUGUGGAACAGUUGCGAAAAUAUGACUCAUUUUUGAUGAAGGUGGAUGAAGAGGAUGAAAAGCAAGGUCAACUUUUACGUGAAAUGGCGGAUACUCAUAGGAACUACUUGGCCAGUAGACCGGAUGGAUCAAUGUCAUCAAGAAGGGAAAAAGCAUUACAAAACUUGAAUCAAGCCUAUGCUAUGUACAAGGAAGUCAAAAUCAAUCUCGCGGAAGGUGCAAAGGUAAAAAGAUUCUUGGAGAAAAAAGUACGCAUUAUGACAUCAGGAUCUAAUUUUUUUUUAAUAUUAUUAUCAUUCUAGUUUUAUGAAGAUCAUGCCAAAGGAUUGAUGAAUUUCCGUGACAAUUGUCGAGAUUAUUGUUAUAUGCGAAAGGCUGAAUCCAAUGAAAUC